CGCUGCUGGUCGCUACGGAGGGAGGGGCCACUCUGCUGGAGUUAAAACUCACUUUAUCUGCACUUUUUUAUCGCUCUCAGGGCACAGAGACAGGAUGGCAGUCCGCGGGAAAGCCUUUUCAGUUGUUUCAGCGACUACUCUACAAGUGUUUACCGCUUUAGUGCUCUGAAGUCCCUUAGCAUGACAGAUAAAGAUUAGUUAGCAUGCUAGCCAGCUAGCUGCCCAGCCUCCAGCAUCACCUAGUGACCACACCUGCCAGAGACAGAGUGGCUGUGGGUUCCUAGGCAGACAUGGGCAAACUACAGAGCAAGUUUCGAAAGAGGUCCGAGUUAUACAGGGCCUCUCAGGGGGAAAAGGCCGAUAAUGCAUUUGACAGUCAGGUGGUGCAGUACGAGCCUGCCCAUCAUGGAUCCAUCAACACUGUGACCAACCUCAGCCCUGAUCUCUGUGUUUCUGGUGGGACCGACCAGGCUGUGGUGGUGUAUGACUGGAAACAAGGCAGGAUGUGUCAGUCCUUCCAGGGUCACAACCGAGAGGUUACCAAGGUGGUGUGUUAUCCUGGCAGUACAUGGAUUUUUAGUGCCUCGCGGGACAAGACUGUUCUGAUGUGGGACCUGAACCAGGGAGAUGAGCACAUUCAGGAAUAUUGCGGACAUGAGUUGGUGGUCAAUGGACUGGCUAUCAGCCCUGAUGGGAGACAGCUCUGCACAGGCUCUCGAGACAACUGGAUGUGCCUGUGGGAUAUAGAAUCUGCAAAAUGUGCACAGAGACACAACAUCUCUCGAAACCUGGUGACUCACGUGUGUUGGGUGCCAGCCAGCUCCUCCAUAGUGCAGACCUCUGAAGAUAAGACCAUAAGGGUGUGGGACAGCCGUUCUUGGCAGGUAACCAACACCUUCCCAGCAAAGCAGUACAUCCAGACCCACUGUGACGUCUCUCCCAAUGGUUACUCCUUGGUGUCCAGCAGUAAUGGCUUCGGAGGCCAGGGCUGUGAGGCCACGCUCUGGGACCUCCGUCAGCCGGGCUGUAAAGUGGUGGAGUACCGAGGCCACCUCCAGACCACGGCCUGCUGCGUGUUUCUGCCGACGCCUCCCGGCGGGACACCUCGGGUAGCGACCUCCUCUCACGACAGCUCAGUCAAAAUCUGGGAUCAGAAUACUGCAGUCUGCUUGGGGACGUUGUCUCUGGAUGGUGCUGGUCCGCUGGUUUCUCUCGCUCCCAGUGAUUUCACCAACCUUCUCUGUGCCAGCUUCAACUCAGGCCUCCACCAUGUCCAGGUGGACCAGGGAUCGCCUCAGGCUCAGAGUCCUGGUGCCGGAUCAGGUGGACUGGACCUUAAAGUUUUGGCUCGUUUCUGACAGCCCAGAAGCGACUCACACACUCCAUCAACCAGCAGCGUCACUGAAUGUGGACACCGUGACUUUCUUUUCUUGUCUUUUGUUAUACUUUGACUUAUUCCUGCAGAUAUUUUUGCUUUUUUAGACUCCCAUACGAUGUAGAAUGACAGAAGAGUUCAAUGAGACACAGGCCGGCGUGAUGUGUUUGCAGGAUACUUCUUUUAUACAACAGAAAAACUCAAAGAUGACCUUCAGUGAUCAUGUUUGAAGCUGUGGUUGAUUUAACCUAUAAAGAGGUCUCCUCUCUUCCUCUUGAUUAUUGAUAAAAUGCCACUUCGUUCAGCAAAACAUACCAUAGGGGAAAACGGUCCCUCUAAGACAGAGGUUUCACAUUUGUUGACCCUGGAGAAAAACCACCAGACCUCAAAUUUACUGGAAGUUUUCUUUUGUUUUUGGACAAUUUCUUACAUGAACAGCAAGCUGUCAGUUCCAGCUGACACUAAGGUAGGCGCUACUACAAAUUUGGUUAAGACAGCAGGAGAACUAACAGUUGAAACCACAUGCUGUGCUUACUGAACCACUGAAGAAAAGCCAACAAUGUGUUUUUUUUUUUAUACUGACAAGAUACAGCUAAACCUUUUUGGUUUUAGUAUGUUCAAAAAAAGUUGUAAAGUCACAUGAACAAAAUAAUGCACUGAUAAUAUUCAUUAGUUUUUACUCUAGUUUGUACCUGGAGAGUCUGACAGGAAAUGAAAGUAUGUGGCGUCAGAUUGUAUCAACUUAUUUUUCAUCUAGAUUUCAGGUGAUUAAAGGCCCCUAUAAUGACUGAAUCUGAUGUUUUCUAACAAAAUUUUGCAUCAAUACAGUAGCAACAUGUGCAUGCAUGUAGAGAGUUGUAAUAUGGGUGCAUUUGGAUUUGUACAUGCCUGCUGAUACUUGUGCGUGCGUUCAGGAUGUUUUCAUAUCAAUCAUGAGAUUUGUGCCCUUUGAUAUUUUCGUGGGUGCGUGCACAGAAAUGUAUGCACACACAGGUUUGUGUGUGCAUAACAGUGAUAGUGUAUGUGGAAUGAGAUCUGUCAAUGCGUGAUAUAAUGUGUCACAUACAGUAUGUGUGGUGUGUGCAUACUAAGGUUUACGUUUGCCUGAAAGGACCUGUUGUCUGGGUUGGCUAUCUUGACAUGUCACAUGAUCUUACUGGUUUGAAUCUGGUACUAAGUAGUCUGCACUAUGUCAAUUGAGCUUUAGCCUUCAAGUCGCUCUGUAUUAGUGCUCAGUGAUUUUAAAUAUAACAAUACCAGAUUUGUAGAAAAUAUGGUCAGACAAAAGCGGGUCUACGAGUUCGGACGAAAGACAAAAAGCCCAGAUUUUUUAACACGACGGUUGCAAAUUCCACUGGGUACCCAUACAUUGCACACUAACACAUUUUGCCAUGCACAUAUAAAUGUCGUGUAUGCACAAAUCAAAAUACAGACUGUACAAAAUGUCAGUAUGAACACGUGAAUAUUAUGUUUUCACAAAUUCACUCAUGAAGACAAACAUAACUCUACACACCAGUCGUUUUGUUACUAUCGUAGCUACUAAAUAGUUCAAAAGCUGUGGAUAGGGGAUGCUUUGUGUUAAUAGCCUAUGUAUUUCAAUUUGAAGUUUACUAUGCAAGUAUGUAAUGUCCUUUUUUGAUAAAAUACUCCUGAAAAUUACAUAUGGAAAUAAAAUAAAUCUUUGCAAAUAAAAACGUUGCUUGAACACUUACCUGUUACUUCAGAUUUGUUGACUCUGUACUUCAAAGAUGACAAGAAAACAAAACUGUGAUU